UGGCAAUCUGUAAUCCAGUGGGCCGCGCGAGAACAGAAAUCUGCCUCUGUGUUUACUGCCGUGCUGCGUAAAGACAUAAAUCUUCUCGUCUGACCGAGAAAAUACACAAGCUGAUGUUGGUAAUUCAUUCGUAUGCAGAAGAGUUUGAUCCAUAACCUCAAGUCCCCGGCUCGCGGCUCCCUUUUUUCUGCCUGCUACUUUGGAGGUCCGGGAGUUUUAUUACCUUUUUCUGUUUUGCAAAAAAAGAAAGAAAAAAAAAGAAAAAAAAAACAUAAUUUACUUUUAUUGCCAAUAAUCCUUGACUCGGUCUUCGUGACCGAUUCUUUUUUAAAUGGAUGAGUUUACUGAAAUGUUGCAGUAUAUUACUACUACUACUACUACUACUACUACUACUGCUGCUGCUGCUGCUACUGCUAACUACUAGCUACUAUACAAUUAUUAUUAUUAUUAUUAUUAUUAUUGUGUUUUUUUUAUUGCUGUUUCAAUUUAUAAUCUCUUAAAACAAUUUGUGAUUAGCCUACUGUAUUAGUAAUUAGUAAUUCAGUCCUUUUAAGUCUAAUAGUAUUGCAGUUUUGAAUUUUUUAAUAACCAAUACAAUGUUGCUACGAUUAAGGUUGACAUAGUUUCUAACAACUAGUCUAGUUCUGAGCGUAAUUACAGAGCUGUAGAUUUUUGUAUAUAUUCCGUCCUGUGUUCACAGGGGAAUGAAGCAGCUUUCUGUGCUUGAGAAGGCGCUUCAUUUGCAUAAUUUUUCUUGUCUUCGGUGACGCUCUGUUUCGAGGGAGUUCACUGGGGUGUGCAUGAGUAUGUGUUAACGUGCUAGUUUGUGCACGUUAGUGGUACACGAAAGACUCACUAGAGCGCAGCCCAUGGUGGCAUUUAGUAUAGGUCUGAGAACACAGGCGUUCAUUUAGUGGUAUGUAAUAUGUGUGUAUGUGUGAAGGUGCUUCAUCUUUACGACCAGGGCGCACGAGACAACUUUCGUUAUCUGGCUGCUGUACUGAUUUACGUCAAAAAGAGAAAAAGACAGAAGGAAGGAAUUUGAGUCCUCGAGCGCGACGGAGUCGCAGCUUUACUGCAGAUCCGUCCCAUGACUCCUGCAAGUGCAGCUCUGGCUUUGUUGUCUUUCCGAUUUAGCUUUACCCUGGACCGCUGUUUGAUCGAUUUCUGCCGCUGAAUGAAAGAAGCUCGCGCCGUGCUGCGCGCUGCUCGUCAGAGAGGAAGGUAAGCGGGACAGAGGCAGAGUUCUCGCAUGGUUGUUAAAUGGCGAGUUUGUGAUUUAUGACCGCGCGACUGAAAUCUCGGUUCAGGGAGAGUUCAUACUCGCACAUACACACACUCACUCACAGUCAAGCCAGAUUCCUCCCGUGCAGCAGCUGGGUCUCCUGCUUUGUGGCUUUAGUGUCUUUUCUUUUAGCUUUCCAUGUGUAUGAUAGUGCCAGAGAGUGAAUUAUUGGAAGUCAAGCUAUGAUGGCUAAUCUAGAAAAUAAGGAGGCCUGUUGGUUUAGUUUUAUGUAAUUAUGCGGUCUCGUGUAUGGCAUUUGGGCCUGAUUUCAGCACAGUUAUACCGCUGGUUGUAAAACCCGCGUGUUUUAUGGUAUUUUUUAUUUAGCCGAAUUUUAUUGGUAUCAUUUACCUAUUAUUAUUAUUAUUAUUAUUAUUACUACUACUACUACUGUUACUGUUGCUGGAAUUGUUUGUUAUUAUUAACGAUGAUAUUCUUGAAAUAGUCCAUGAUUUACAUAUUUUAUUGUGCGCUCUAGCUCCUGAUUCUUUUGGCUUUCUUUCUUGUGAUCUUAUCUUCGUUUUGUUUCUUGUAUAAAUGCAUGUCGAGUUGUGGGAUAUAGGGUAUUGACCUUUCAAAAAUUAAAUAGGCUAUUUCAGUGUUGAGCAUUGUACCAGGCAAAUGUAAUUUGUUUCAGUGGUUACUUCCGCGAUCUGCAUCAGAUCUGGGCCGUGGCGAUAGCGUUUUCCCGGUUUGAUGACCCCUCAUGCAUCCACUGAUGCCAGUUAUAAUUAUCCAUUAUUUUUGGUCGGCGAGGAAGAGUUUAGUGUGGUUAUGGAGACGCGCGUCUGCCCGGUUUUUCAGGUUUCCUGCAACUUUCGAACCCAAACAAUACACGCAGGGGCUUGAAUUUAUGUAGACUAAAAUGUUAUGAAACACCUUAAGAACUAAAAAUCAGACGCAAGUAUGUAUGACCAUUGUUUAGAUUUAAAAAAAAAAAAAAAAAAGUAUAGUCAACAUUCAAAUUAAAAGGCUAGAAAAAUCAACACGAUGAGAAUAAAGUUCGCAUUAAAUUCACGGUAAUGGUUGUUGCUUAUUUAUUGCCCUAAUACGUUAUUUCGUUUCACACUACUCAUUUACUACGCAAUGCCCUAUUUUACAGGAAAUAUUAGUUUUAUGUGCUAAUUGGUGUUUUUAGUUUUUUAACAUGUUAAUAUAUAGCUUAUUUUUGAUUGGACAGUGAUCAAGUUAAAUGUUUUAAGCGGCUAUCAUGUUUUCGGUUCUCUUCAGUUAUGUUGGCUAUUGUUGCAGCUGGCCAUAAGGUUCACCCGUAGAGCCCAUUGGCGAAGAGGUGUCACGUGACUACAUUGAGCCAAUGUUCUUCUACAAAGGUGUCAGGACCUUGUCAGAAAGUGAAAUAAACAUUGGGAAACGGCGAGAUGCAAAAAGCGACCUACUGCGACGGCUCGGCAAUUUACAGUGGCUUCCCCUAUCAAAGCGCAAACGGUUUAGGUUAUGAUGCCAAUCAGCAGCAAUAUCUCCAGGCCCUUCAUGUGGAAACUGGGUACCAACGACCGGCCUGCUCCCUGCAGUCCCCUGGUGGUUCUGCAGCUCUGCACAAACCCAAUGAAAUCUCCGAGGGCUGCCAACGGAGUAACGGGACACAAGCCCCAGUACCAGACAUCCCCGAUAACAACCAGCCCCCUACUGCCCCUUCCGGACCAUCUUCCCCCAGUGCCCUGAACCAAAUACCGAGCAAUGAUACCACCACCAAGAAUCCUGGGCACUCAUCUCCAACGCCAGCCACAAGGAAACAAAUUUUUCCGUGGAUGAAGGAGUCCCGUCAGAACACAAAGCAGAAAUCCUGUGGUACAAUUUCAGUAGAGAGCUGCGCUGGAGACAAGAGUCCCCCAGGUUCAGCCGCCUCCAAGCGUGCUCGUACUGCAUACACGUCUGCUCAACUCGUAGAGCUGGAGAAGGAGUUCCAUUUCAACCGUUACCUCUGCCGUCCGCGACGAGUGGAAAUGGCAAAUCUGCUCAACCUUACGGAAAGGCAGAUUAAAAUAUGGUUCCAGAAUCGCAGGAUGAAGUACAAAAAGGACCAGAAGGGGCUUGGAAUGAUGCCCUCUCCUGGAGCACAGUCUCCUCACAGUCCCGUUGCUCUGUCAUCCGGUGGCGGAGGAGGGGGUGGGAGUGCAUAUUUAAGUUCAAUGCAUUCUCUGGUUAACAGCGUGCCCUACGACUCACCCUCUCCAGCAUCGUAUAACAAACCCCAGCCUAAUGCUUACAACCUUCCUACGUCAUAUCCACCUCCUCUGAAUAACUGCCCGCCUCCUCAGAAGCGGUAUCCGGGGACUGGCACAGCCACGCCUGAAUACGACACGCAUCAUCUUCAAGGCAACAACAAUUACGGAACGCAAGUGCAUGGUAGCCCGGUUUAUGUCAGUGGCGGUGGAGGCUACUCGGAUUCUUUGGUAGGUAUGGGGGCCUCGGUAUUUGGCCUGACACAUCUACCGCAUCCACCUCAAGGCAAUAUAGACUACAACGGCGCUAUCACCAUGGGGAACAACCAUCAGCAAGGAGCUUGCGAACCAAACCCAUGCACAUUCACAGACCUUACACCGCACUAUUCUCAGGGAAGAAUUCAAGAAGCGCCCAAACUGACGCAUCUAUAGUGCCGAUAUAGUGUAUUUCUCUCCUCGUCCACGGCACACAUUUGCGUCCCCGUUCUGAUGGCGUUUUCUGCCACCUAUUUUGUUCAUAUAGUUUUCCUGACGUAGCCUCAGGUGAAACUCCCUUGUUUUAUGUUCAACUUUAUACAUAUAUAGAAAAUAAAUUAAAGUUCCUUAAAACUUAUGUCAUUGCAUAACGGGAAUAUAUGUAGAGCUAUUUGAUUUGUUUUAAGAAAAUCUGAAACAGGGUAUAAAACAGUUUUAUGACAGGUUUUUAAAUUGGUUUUGAUUUUAAAGUUUUUAAAUUGUCCCUAGUCCACGGUUUCUUUUCUGUUUUGCAUUUUGCACUUGAGGAAGGAUGCAUAUGAACACGAUUUCUUAUUCAACAAAUUUAUCAUACAGCGUAAGCUCGUGUCUUUCAGUCCUUCAAAUGUAUUUAUUAUUUGUUUCCAUGGACAGUAGAUUGUUUGUGUUAUGCCCAAACCCUUUAGAUAUAAAGAAAUGGGUAAAAGGAAAAAUGCAUCCGGGGAUUCUCAAGAUCAGUGUGUUCGUAUAUUAAUCAAUGUGUGCGAAUGUUAAUCAUGUCUUGCUCAAACAGUCGAAAGAGACAUCCGAUCAAAUACUCAUACUUUUUAUUUGUUCGAAUAUUUUUGAUGUCACACAUUCCAUGCUGCUCCACUUCUGAAGAAAUAAAAAAAAACUAACUGA